AUGGUAAUAAGUCCAUCCGGCGCUUCCUAUGCUGAUGUUGCUGCUGCCAGAUCGAGGGCUCGCGGAAAUAAAACCCGGGAAGAUUUCCCACAGCUCAGAGCAGGAAAAAACGCACCUGUUAAGAGUAGGCUGGGUGCGGGAAAACCCAUCACGAAACCAGGGGUCAAUCAAGUCAAAGCUAAUAAGAAAACCGAUACGGCCAUAAAGUCCACAGUCGCUAAAACUCGCACUAAAAUUUUCGACAAAGCCAAAAGCGCUAAGGCCGACACUCGCUUUGAGGUAGUGGGUGGAAAUGACGCUUGGCUUGAAGUGAGAAAAUCGGUAGAACAGAAACUAAGUUGUCCCCGCAUACGCAUAUCUAAAAAUAAGGACGGAAUAAUCCUUUUUCCGGAGGACUCUGCAUCCUUGAAUGCUCUAAGGCGCACGAGCAAAUUAGUGGAGAGGAAACCUUUCCUCCCUAGACUCCUCGUGGUUGGAGUGGACAAAGAGCUAGAAAAGGAACUCCUCGCUGGAUAUAUAGCUAACCAAAAUGAGGGUCUAGGUCUCUCCGCAGAAGAUACUGAGAGUAUCAGGCCACUAUUCCGAACGGGUCCCCGAGAUAGGCCCACAGUCAAUUGGGUUAUUGAAACUCGCCCGGAGACCUUCUGUAAACUCGAGGGAAAAACAGUGUAUUUGGGACUAACAAAGUGCAGAAUGAAACCCCAUAACGACCUCCCUAGUGCUACAACUGCCAAAGAUAUGGCCAUACGGCCAAGACCUGCCGUUUAG